AUGCCGGGCACCCUGGCCCAGACGAUACAGUAUGGCAAAGAGGAAAAACCUUUCAUUGAGGCUCACGGUGCGAGCAACGGACUGGCUCUAGAGAAGUCUAGGAAAUCGAGUGAAAUCGAGGGGCGGCAGCAGAGCAUGGACGGCCCAGAAACCGAUAGAAGCAACGGUGUCUCCAGAUUCACCGACAGCUAUUUCAGCAACCCCGCCGGCGUAGGACGCAUAUCACGGCUACCAUCCCAUGCAGGUGGAAGGGGCCAGCGCACCUGGGUGCAAGGGAUGAAGAAUGAGGGAGAAGGAGGAGGAGCAAAGAAGAUGACCUGA